AAACAAACGCACGUGCUCAGUAUAGAAAUGAGCAGUUUCUCACUGUUUCUGGCCGAUUUAGACGGUUUUGGUUUGCUUAUGUCAUGAUGUGUCAUAUGAAAUCUAAUUCUAAGAAUCCUGGCCCUCGGACAGCAGUGUUUGGACAGUAACAUUAUGGCAGAAGACGACAUGAAGCCGACGUCAAUCUAUUGGUUCAGGAAAGCCCUUCGUCUCCAUGACAAUCCUGCAUUACUAGAGGCAGUUAAGAACUGUCGGGAGAUGAGGCCGAUAUUUAUCCUUGAUCCUUGGUUUGUCAAGAAUGCUCACGUCGGCAUUAAUAGGUGGCGUUUCUUGAUGCAGUGUCUUGAAAAUCUUGAUGUCAGCUUGAAAAAAAUUAACAGCAGAUUAUUUGUGAUUCGUGGCAAACCUUGUGACGUCUUCCCAAAAAUCUUUAAGGAGUGGGGCAUAACCAAAUUAGCUUUUGAGACGGACACGGAGCCGUAUGCUAAGACUAGAGAUGGCGAGGUUGAGAAGAUUGCCAGGGAACAUGGAGUCGAAGUCAUUCAGAGGGUUUCUCAUACUCUUUAUGAUGUGAAUAGGAUCAUUGCGAAGAAUGGUGGAAAGGCACCACAGACGUAUCAAAAACUACAGUCAUUAUUAUCACAGAUUGGAGCUCCACCGAAACCAGUCGAGACACUCGGUAUAAAACAUAUGAAAAACUGUGUCACACCAGUAGGAAAUGACCAUGACGAUGUCUACGGCACACCGACAUUAGGGGAACUAGGUGUCAACCCUGACGAUUUGGGAGAUGACUUGUUCCCUGGGGGUGAGACGGAGGCCCUGGCCAGGAUGGACAGGGAGUUAUCAAGAACAGGAUGGGUCUGCGCGUUCGAAAAGCCAAAGACUGAAUCAAACACUCUAAAGCCCAGCACUACAGUAUUGAGUCCGUAUCUCAAAUUUGGCUGCCUUUCUGCUAGGACGAAAUAUUAUGCUGUAAAAGAGGUUUAUCAGAAGGGAAAGAAGCACACAAGCCCACCAGUGUCACUCGAAGGUCAACUUCUCUGGAGGGAGUUUUACUACACCAUCGCCUCCGAUACACCAAACUUUGACAAGAUGGUUGGUAAUCCUGUCUGUCGGCAGAUUCCCUGGGAAAAAAACCAAGAGUUUUUGGAUGCCUGGAAAAAUGCCCGGACGGGUUAUCCUUUUAUUGAUGCGAUCAUGACACAGCUGAGACAAGAGGGGUGGAUUCACCAUUUGGCCAGACAUUCUGUGGCUUGUUUCCUGACCAGGGGAGAUUUGUGGGUGAGCUGGGAAGAAGGACAAAAGAUUUUUGAGGAGUUGCUCCUGGAUGCUGACUGGAGUUUAAAUGCUGGCAACUGGAUGUGGUUGUCAGCUAGCGCAUUCUUCCAUCAAUACUUCCGGGUAUAUUCGCCGAUUGCAUUCGGGAAAAAGACAGAUAAGAAUGGCGAUUAUAUCAGGAAAUACAUUCCGCUCUUGAGCAAGUUUCCAACCCAGUAUAUCUAUGAACCAUGGAAGGCACCAAGGGUUGUGCAGGAGAAACUUGGGUGUGUGAUAGGCAAGGACUACCCCAGGCCAAUCGUAGACCAUGACGAAGCCAGGCAGAGAAACCUCAAGAGAAUGGCUGCUGCAUUUGAGGCAAAUAGAUCUGAAGAUAAGAAAGGAGGAGGCAGUAAAAGAAAACAAGACAUUCUGGACACACCGCCAGCAAAGAAAGCCAAGAAGGCUACCACCAAUAAAGGUUCUGGCAAGGUUAACAAGAAAAUGACUGACUUCUUCCAAAAGUCACCUUGAAAGCUUGUAAAUAUUUGAUAUGGCUUAAAGGGAACUGGAACCGCCGAGCGAUUUAUUCAACUUUUCGACUUUCACCGCCCGAGAAAGUCGAACUUCCAACUUCAUAUUCGAGUUCAAAUUUGUAGCUCCGCCCCCAGUGCCCGAGCAUGCGCAGUUCAAUUUGUUAUCAUUGAGAAUCAUGUGAGAAUCACGUGAGUCAUGCGAUCUUUCAUUCAUGAGUUUUCGUAGUAAAUUCCAUAGUAGUGACGUCACUCAAUGAUUGACAGCUAGGCGCCAUGUUUCAUUCAUGCCUCGUUCUGAUCACCCGAUACGCGGGAAAUGAAAACGAGGUCAUACGAACUGGCUCGGCGGUUCCAGUUCGCUUUAAGUCACCUCGUGCAAGCUUUGCCGAUUUACAUACAGAGGUGUUUUUGCUUAUUAGUUGAAGCAUUGCAGUGGGGGAUGAUCUCAUUUCUAGUCAGAUCCGAUUUGGUUCCUAACUAGUCUGUUCCAUUGCAUUUAACCUCGAUCUGUAAUCGGGGUUCCUCUCAAUUAAGGACUGUAUGCAGUCUAAAGGGUGUCCUUUGAUUGAGAGGUUCUACUCUAUAAGAGUUAAAUAGUUAAGCUAAGCUGCCUCGUUAAGUUAAGCUGCCGAAGAUUUGUCAGGACUUUUAAUAAUGUCAUUGUCAGCAAAAGGAUGUCAAUUUGACAAUGUCGUAUUGGAUGAAAUUAUUGGAUUUGUCUUCAACUGUAAAGUUCACCAGCUGUUAGAUAGCAAAGUUGACAAAAGUUAACAGGGUCAUGACAACAACGGCCAUUUUGUUUUUAAAAACCACUCUUCAGCUGAGCGCCAGGCCCUUGGGCCUCUUAUUAUGUCUACUGAAAGGUUCUUCCCAACAUAUCAAUGUGCGGAUUAAAAGUUACGACAAUUCGUAAAUUGUUGAUGAAAUGCUUGUCAAGUUCAGAGAGGAAAUCACUUCCAUUUUGAUGUGGUGUCAAAUCUUAUCCUGUGUAUAUGACAGGAUCUCAUUUUCACAGAUCUGUUAUCUUUAUUUUAUACAUUGUCACUGUCUCCAUGUCCGUGGAGAGACUAUAUUUUGAGAGGAUAGGCCUACUAUAAGCUGAGUACGAAAACAGUUUUGAUAACUUUUAUUGCGAAAAUAA